AUGGUAGAUCAGCUUGAAGAAAACCCAGACAUCCCUGUGAGGGUAGUUCAAGAACAGUUUCAAAGAAAGUAUUCUGUGGGGAUUUCUAGGAUGAAAGCUUAUAGAGCUAAGAUAGAGCUUGAGUUGGGUAAAAAUCCUGGGGACCAAGAAAGACAGUUUAGAAGAAUCUAUAUAUGUUUGGCAGCUUUAAAAGAGGGUUUUAAGGCACUUGGCAGGGAUUUAUUGGGACUGGAUGGGGCUUUUAUGAAAGGGUCAUUCCCAGGCCAGAUGCUAACUGCAGUCGGUGUGGACAGCAACAAUGGAAUAUACCCAGUUGCUUAUGCAAUAGUUGAAUCUGAAAAUCUCAGCGCUCAUGGACAUGGUUUUUGGAGCUCUUGGCAAGGAAUACUGCAAGCAGUUACAAGGUUGUUUCCCUGUGCUGAGCACAGAUAUUGCCUUAGACACAUAUAUGAGAAUAUGAGGGGAACCUUUAACGGAGAUCUGUACAAAAACAUGCUCUGGAAGUGUGCUUCUGCUACUACUAUUCCUGAAUUUCAAACAGCCAUGGAUGAGUUGAAAGCCUUUAACAAGAAAGCACACUUGUGGUUGUCUAAGAUCCCACAUUUACUCUGGACAAGAUCACACUUUUCUGGAAAGGUGAUUGAAGGCAGAGAUAGGCCCAUAAUAUCUACACUUGAGUACAUCAGGGAAUAUCUUAUGAGAAGGAUUGUGACAGUUUUGAAAGUAAUAGAAAAGUGUGAUGGAUUGCUAACACCAAGAGCCACAGAACUAUUAGAGGGGAUCAAGAAAGAUGCAAGUCACUAUCAUGUUCAGUGGAACGGAGGGGAGUAUUAUGAGGUUAGUGGGAAACCCAAUCAUGCUCGUGUGGUGAAUUUGGCUACAAGAACAUGGUUGCCUUGCAGACAUGUUGUGGCUGCACUUUGGUGUAUGGCUGAAAAUGGAGGAAGGGUUGGGGCUAUAGAGAGUUGGGCUCAUCCAGUGCACACAAUGGAAAGAUGGAGGUUGGUGUAUUCUCACAAGAUAAACCCAUUGAAUGGCAGGGCUUUGUGGACAAAAAUUAAACUUCCGACAAUUAUCACACCACCUAAGCAUCAUAAUCAGGUGGGAAGACCAGAGAAGUUAAGGAAAAGGUCUACAGCUAAAAUUGAAGACAUGACACAGUCCGGAAAUUUGACAAAAAAGCACACUCAAGGAGCAUGUAGCAAGUGUAAGCAGAUAGGCCACAACUCCAGGACCUGCAAGGGGAAAAGUACGACGGCUGGAACAGUUGUGAAGGCUGGAACUGGAACAAGUUUGAAGGCUGCCAAGGGUGUGAAGGCUGCAAAGGGUGGAAAGGCUUGA